AUGGACGACGGUGAAACCGGUGGGGCGGCUGAAUAUGCCUCUGCCCGUAAGUUGGUCCUACGAGCCGCCAAACGCGAAACUGCCUUGACGGCGGUAGGAGAUCCCAACAGUCCCUUUGGCGCUGAUUUUUCCAAGAUGCCGCUCAAGCCCGACCAUUGCCAGCGUCCUUGUUGGAGCUGUCCCGACGGCACUAUCUACCUGGAAGCCUUUCACGAUCUAUACGCCAGUGCCUACGAUUUUCUAGUGGCCAUUGCCGAACCAGUGGCCCGUCCCGAAUUCUUGCAUCAGUACAAGCUCACGCCGUAUUCCCUCUAUGCCGCCGUGGCGACCAAUAUCGAAACGGAAGCCAUUAUCUCCGUCUUGGAUCGCAUGUCCAAAAACAAGCUACCCAAACAGGUCAAGGCAUUCGUUCGAGAUUGUACCCAAAAAUACGGCAAGGCCAAACUGGUCCUCAAACACAACAAAUUCUACGUCGAAUCGGAAUUCCAUACCGUACUGAGGGAAUUGCUGAGGGAUCCCGUCAUUGCCCAAGCGCGCGUCACGGAAGAUGCCAAUACCGAAGUAGAUGAACAUGGAUUCGUCAAGCAAACCAAGGCCGAAGAAAUGAAGGAAAAUCUACAUAUUAUAGAAGAACCAGAAGAUGACAGUGACGAAGAGGAAGAGGAGGGGCAACAAGCCGGACAGAAAAAGGGCACCAAACAGGUUGUCUCCUUUCAAGUCAAGGGAGAAUUGGUGGAACAGGUCAAACGACAAGCUAUUGAACUGGAUUAUCCACUCAUGGACGAAUACGACUUUCGAAAUGACAAGAUUAAUCCAGAUGUCCCCAAGAUGGAUUUGAAACCGCACACUCGCAUUCGACGUUAUCAGGAACGUGCAUUGGCCAAGAUGUUUGGUAAUGGACGCGCCCGAUCUGGCAUUAUUGUGCUGCCCUGUGGAGCCGGGAAGACACUGACCGGUGUCACGGCCGCACAGACCAUCAAGAAGAGUGUCGUUUGUUUAGCCACCAACGCCGUGUCGGUGCUGCAGUGGAAAUUCCAAUUCCAGCUGUGGACCAACAUUCCUGACGCCAAUAUUGCGGUUUUCACAUCCGACCGUAAAGACACGAUUCAUCCCGAAGCCUGUGUGUUGGUCACUACCUACACCAUGAUUGCCUUUGCCGGAAAACGAUCCGAAAAGGCGCAGGAGACCAUGGAUAUCAUUACCAGUCGGGAAUGGGGGCUCUUGUUGAUGGACGAAGUACACGUUGUACCCGCCAAAAUGUUUCGUCGCGUUGUGGGAUCCGUCAAGGCACAUUGUCGAUUGGGAUUGACGGCCACCCUUGUGCGAGAAGAUGACUUGAUUAGCGAUCUCAACUUUCUAAUUGGUCCCAAACUCUACGAAGCCAAUUGGAUGGAUCUUACCACGCAGGGUUACCUCGCCAACGUACAGUGCGUCGAAAUUUGGUGUCCCAUGACGGGACCGUUCAUGAAGGAAUACCUCAUGGCAUCGAAUGCAAGACUCAAGCAGUUGUUGUACGUUAUGAACCCCAGCAAGAUUCGCGCCGUCCAAUUCUUGGUCAAGUUUCACGAAGAACGUGGAGACAAGAUCAUUGUGUUUUCAGAUCUUGUGUACUCCCUCAAGCUCUACGCAGAAAUGCUUAAGAAACCACUCAUCUAUGGUGAAACCCCGGAACGAGAACGUGCCGCCAUUUUGGGAACCUUUCGAGCCACCGACGCCAUUCGAACAAUCUGCAUUUCCAAAGUCGGAGACACAUCGAUUGAUUUGCCCGAAGCCAACGUAGUGGUGCAGGUGUCCAGCCAUUUCGGAUCACGACGACAAGAAGCCCAGCGAUUGGGCCGUAUUCUGCGACCAAAGUCGUACACGCAACAAGAUGGGUCCAAUCGAAAUACCUUCAACGCCUUCUUCUAUACACUCGUGAGCAGUGAUACGCAGGAAAUGUUCUAUUCUGCCAAACGACAACAAUUCUUGAUCGAUCAGGGAUAUACCUUCAAGGUGGUGACCAACCUCUGCGAAAAGGCUGAUGCCCAGGCGCUUGAAAGCGGUUUCAAUUUUUCCACACCAGAGCAUGAUCGCAAGCUUCUUCGGACGGUACUGACGGCCGAGACAUCUCUCGAAAAGGAACAACGCGACGAAGACAAUGCCAUUCGCAAGAAUAACCCCGAUGGUGCGGCGUUGUCUGACGCCAAGGUCAAGAGGAGUGCAGGGUCCAUGGCAACACUAAGCGGUGGUAGUGGCAUGCGCUAUCGAGAGAUCUCAUCGGGAUCUAAGAAGCAUCCGUUGUUCCGGAAAAGACAGCGUCGUUAG